AUGGCCCAUUCCGAUGAUUCCUCGAAUGAGGGUUCUGGUCAAGUACUAUCUCAAGCAGAAAGAGCAGCUCAAAAGCUGUCGUCGGAACACUCUAGAGCGUUUACGGUAGUGAUGAAUAAAGUUCGAGAACGUCUACGUGAUAUAUUUGGAAUGGAUUUAGUAGAAUUGCCAGCUAAAGAAAAGAAAGCUAUCACGAGUUCUGGAACUACGCGUAGAGGUGGUGCAAAUAAGGACAAAUCUUCUUCAAAAUCAUACGCUUUACAAAAUAUACUCCCACAAAAAUUAAGGGACACGGAUCAACUUAGACAUUACUUUCGUACUCUUUAUCUUGAGAACAAUCCAAAGUUUGAAUCAGACAAACUUUUGGCGAAUUUCGUCAAACAGGGAUAUUUGGAUAAACAGAAGUCAGGCUUUGCUGAUAACUCUUCACAAGCGCCAGAAAGGGAACAUGUAGAAUAUCGCUGGGGACCAAGAGCAAAAAUUGAAAUGCCAGAAGCAAAUCUUUGCGAUUUCAUUAAAUCAGUUUAUGGAGAUGAUGCCCCACCAGAUAUAAUUAAACAGAUUGAAAGAGCGUCUGGAAUUGAUACCAAUACGGCUACAUAA